UUAGCAUGCAGCGACACAAUGGAGUCAACCAUGCUGAACAAUUGCUGAGCCUAUAGUUAUGGUUCUCUGAAUGAGGAGGACCAACCGGGUGGCUUAGUGAAUACCCACCGCUGACUGCUCUGCUCUGGAUAUAGGCUUCAAGCUAAAGAAGAAGUAUAACCUCUAAUGGCGUGCUUUAAAUCAAUCUAUGAUUUCAGCGCUGAGACCUUGAACGGUCAGAGCGUUCCUCUCAGUAUCUACAGGGGCAAGGUGCUCCUCAUUGUCAACCUUGCCACCUUCUGAGGGUCAACGAUAGAGGAGUACCACAGAAUGAAUGCACUCAUGGAAAUGUUUGGUGACCUCAACUUCACUGUCCUGGGAUUCCCCUGCAAUCAGUUUGGUCUUCAGGCACCUGAGGUAAAUCAUGAAACCCUCAACCUUCUCAAGUAUGUGAGGCCAGGUGGGGGGUUUGUCCCCAAGUUCCCUGUGUUUGGCAAGAUCGAGGUCAAUGGGUUGAAUGAAGAACCUCUUUUCGCCUAUCUCAAGGAGUCUUUGCCCUAUGUGAACCCUGUCAUAGGAGAUAUAAAGAGGUUCUACUGGUCACCCAUCAAAGUCAACGACAUUCGCUGGAACUUUGAGAAGUUUCUAAUCCAUUCUGAUGGGGAGCCUUUCAGGCGUUAUGAACUUCAUGGCCCUACUGAGAAAGUGGAAAAAGACAUUGCAGGCCUACUAUAAAUGGAGUCAUCUGUUCCCUUUAUGGCUGUCAAGAACGUGGGUCCUUCAUCAGCAGAGGCAGAGUGACGAUCCCUCAGUAAAUGCAGACUAAACGCAGCUGAGCUGGAUCUGAUGGAGAAGGGAGAAGGACUCUGAGUUUCAGUGCAUUCACUCAGAAUAUCAGAUCCCUCCAGCCCCUGUUGGUGACCAGAAGGCAUAUCACUAUGGUCUCAAUAUAACUAACUACUCCCUUUUUGUUAUUGUUGCAAAAGCGAGGAAGUCAAUAAAUCUUUUGGCUGAAAUCUUAAAACGUGUUGUCCAUUUAAUUGUUUAACAUUGUUAAAACAACAUGUGUAGGCUACAGUAGGAGAAACACAAGUCUCCAGCUGCAUAGAAACUC